AGCUGAGAUAAGUGGCAAAUACUCCGCCCAAUUAGGGUUAUUUUUAGAGGUCUGACUUAAAACAUGUGUAGGGAAUGAACAGAAGCGAAAUUUAAAAAUCGCCGCGGAUUAAAUUUUAGAUUUAGGUGUCUAUUUUCAUUUGAGGCCUCUCGCAGCUUUCUGCACCUUCCAACAAAAAAGCCAUAACGCUUUUGCCAAGAGCACCAUUUUCGCUGUUGUCACGCAAUAACUCGGCAGUGCUUCAACGUUUCGAUCUCGAAUUCUCAGCAUAAGCUCGUAGGACAGUAAGCAUUAGUCACUGAAAGCGCCAUCGAAAUCGAAAGUAAGAUUAAAAAGUUUUUUCCUGAGGACGGGGUCCUCUUAAACUCCUAAGAUUUAUGUAGUGAUAUAUCUUCUUGAGUUUUUUACUUAUUUUCAAAUAGGCUUUUGGGUUUUUAUUAUUUCAAAAACCUUUUAGAAGAGUUUAGUAUAACGUGGAGUCCUCAUAAUCGUGCCAUGCAGCAUUUUGUCGACUAAGAGAUUGCGCCCACGGACAGCGCAUUCAAAGAUCUUUCCAUCUACGGACGCUUAAAUCCAUAACAGCCUCUGAUAAGUAUGAAAGAAAUACACAUCGAGUCAAACUUUUUCGUUUUCUCAAAAACGUAUGAUAAUAAUAAUAUAAAUGUUAUUGUUUAAAGCUUUAUAACCACACAAAUUUCCAUGUUGAUUAGGCUUACCUAUAAAAGCUGCUGACAUUCUUAAAAAAAUGCUUAGUCUUUCUUUAGCCACGUGUUAUAUUCGAACUUAUAUGGCCAUUAUUUUUAUUUUUGAUUCUGAUGUGGGUUCGAAAUCGUGGAUUAGUAAUUUAUUAUCCUGCUUGUACGUAUCAAAUGGAAAUAUAUGCAGUAAUAGAAUUCUUACUAAAAUACACUACUUAUCUUUGUCUCUCUAGGCUACAAUGAUCCAAAAGAAUUGGGUUCAUCAGGAUUUUUACCAGCAUUACAAACAUAUUUAUGUCGUGCAAAUAAUACAUGUUGGCUUACGCCAUUGACAACAGAUAAUGCUAAAUCAUUUGGAUUUCUACAAAUGAUAUCGAAUGUAUCUGAUACAUUAUCAGUUCUAUUUCAAAAUAACGAUACCGCUUCUUCAAUAGAUCGUCUAUACAAAUUACUGAGUGAGAUCAAUUCAAUUGCUCAUUUAUUGAGCACCUAUUGGAACGGUUAUAUUUCUGUUAGUUUACCCGUACAAUCAUUUAAUGAUUCAAUAUCAAAUGAAACAUUGAAUACUUUAUUUACUAAUUCGAUCUCGUUAAUAAAUUUACAUCAAAAUUGGCUUGUGAAUGAUGAAAUUAGUCAAACAAAAACAAAUGUAGAAGUGAUGAUCAAAAUUGUUUUACAAUCCAUUGCUACAUAUCAAAAUCCAGCGACUGUUAAAACGAUGUUUUGUACAAAUAAACAAUUUGAAAAUACAUUUCAAUUUGAAGAAAUACAACAAACAGCUAGAGAUGUUGCAAAAAGUGAAUUAUGUGACUUAUCCGAUAGUGAUUUGUUGAACUUUUUAAUUAGUUUAAAGAAACAGUUGGAUGAUUUGUUCUUGACGGUAGAAAAAUAUAAUACGAGAAAAAAUAACGAUUUUACUUAUUUAUUUAUUAUUGUAGAAAAACUUGAAGAUGUUUUCGAUACUCAGUAA